ACUACGGCAUAUAGGGUUCAAAGUUCAACUUGCGUGGUGCAGGCUUCGAAAAUCCAUAAUGGCGCAUAAUCUCCGAAAUGGUCUAUAAACUUUUUGAGUUAGGCAGCGUUUACAUGAAGCCCGUAGUGAGUUCAAACCGGUUUGACUUUCGGGUCUGUUUGAGAUCGCGCUCUUGUUUACACAUAGGUUUACAUGACCGUUUUCAAUACGGCUUUGGCAAGUGAAAAAAAAACGUCCCACUUGUACUAGUUCCAGUCCUAUUUUCACUAGUCCUAUUUCGCUUCAAGAUGGCACCGAGAACAGUGGACAUAAUUAGAAACUUUACUUUGAUUAUAUCUUUCUUCUUGAGUUCAGCUGGUGCAUUGCUUACUGUCUUUACAAGAAAUAUGGAAAUAUUGCUUUCGCUUCGUAGACAACAACAAAUUGCUUUACAUAACGCUACACAGGAUCAAAACUCACUUAUCAGGAAAAUACAAAAAUGCAAAAAAAGGCGCACUGAUCUUUGGUGGAAAAAUCUGAUAGGUGGAAAGUUGCCAGAGGAGGAGUGGUAUAGAAAUAUAAGAAUGGACUACCCAACAUUCAUGAACAUUGUCGAUAAAAUAUGUGUCAAUGUUGAACCAGCACAUAAUUUGUUUCGUGUUGACACACUUUCAGCUGAAAAAGAGUUGCAAUGGUAUUAUACUACUUAAAGGACCAGGGAUCUUUGAGAAUGACAUGUAACUCUUUUGGUGUCUCCCUUGCUACUUUGUCAAAAUCAUUGCAAACAGUUUGUGGUGCAAUUAGUGACAUUCUUGGCCCUGAAUUGAUUCGAUUUCCAUGUACCGAAGAAGAAAUGAAACAUGCUGCAAUGUUAUUUGAAAGUAAAUUUGGCUUUCCUCAAGUGAUUGGUUGUGUUGACGGGACACAUAUACCCAUUAAACGACCCACAGAAAAUGCCCAAGACUACUUGUUAUAAAAUGAAGUACUCCGUGAAUUGUCAAGCAAUAUGUGAUGAGAAAGGCUACUUAAUUGACUUGGAAAUUAAAUGGCCUGGUAGUGUUCACGAUGCGCAGAUUUUUGCAAACAGUUCAGUGGAAAAGAGAUUUUUCAGUGACCGUUACCCAUUAUGUUUGCAAGAGUUGAUACCUAGUUACACACCUGUGCCACCAUUGUUGAUUGGAGACCUGGCAUAUCCAUUACUUCCCAAUGUAAUGAAGGAAUUUACUACCUACAACAAUGCGAAAGAAGUGAUGUUUAAUAAUAAUUUAUGCCGUGCACGGAAUCAAAUUGAAUGUGCUUUCAGUCGAUUAAAGGCACGGUGGAGAAUUUUAAAUCGCUGUGUCGAUGUCGAUUUGGAUUUUGCUAUGGAGUUAAUAUACUCAUGUUUUCUCCUUCAUAAUUAUUGUAAAGGUAAUAAAGUUCAUCCUGAUUUGCUGCGAAUGCAGAUGAUGACUUAAUGAUGAAUCAAAUUGAAUGUGCUUUCAGUUGAUUAAAGGCACGGUGGAGAAUUUCAAAUCGCUGUGUCGAUGUCGAUUUGGAUUUUGCUAUGGAGUUAAUAUACUCAUGUUUUGUCCUUCAUAAUUAUUGUGAAGUUAAUAAGGUUCAUCCUGAUUUGCUGCAAAUGCAGAUGAUGACUGAGGAGCGAUGUCAGAAUUGUGAGCACCACAACCAAGUCUAUCAGUUGUAUACAUACAACUCCCAACGUGAAAAAGCUGUCAGGGAGUCGGUGAUGUACCUUUAUGAUAGGCAGUAACAUUUUUAUCACUGACAGUUUUUUUUUUUUUUUUGAAGUUGUGUAUAUAUUUUAUUACCAUAAAAAUUUGUGAUAGA